UUGUGUUUAGCAGAACAGCGUCAGCACGGCAGGAAGCAGAAGACAGACGUCGAUAUGUGGGUCAUUUUUGUUCUUUUCACGUCCGCUUGCUUCUCUUUGUCCCAAACUGCUAAUUGGUGUGAAUCGGUUCUUGGUGAUUGUCUAAAAAAAUAUCCUUCAGAUUGGACCAGUUGUUAUGAAAAUGGAAUUAUGACCUGUAAACUGCGUGGCCGCCGCCCAAUUCCAGGUUUAGUUCAACUGAAUGUGAACUCAUCACUUGAGGCUGCUGUGAACGUCACAUCUAACGUCCAGGUUGUGAUCCCACCCUCAGCUCUCCAGAAAAGCAGAGGAAAUAAAACCCAUGACGAAGUCAGGAUGGUGGCCUCUGUGCUCAACAGUACUUUUUUUAAGAGCUGGCCACCAACAAAAGGAGGAAUUGUGUCUCCCCAGCAGCCAGACAUCAAAGAAGACUCUAUUUUAGACUGGACAGUUCUGUCAGUGAGGAGUGGAACAAGUCCAGUCAAAAAUCUAAUUGAACCCAUUAAGUUAACCUUCAAAUCCAACAAAAAGGUUGAAAAUGGGAUUUGUGUGUUUUGGAAGGUGCCAGAGCAGCCUGGUGGAACAGGUGAAUGGAGCACAGACGGCUGUCAGACCACUCGCAGCAGAGAUACGUUUAUUUGCAGCUCCAGUCACAUGAGCUUCUUCGCCGUACUUGUGAAUCCAGAUAUAUCAGUCGACAUGGAACAAGUCAGGAACCUCAGUUACAUCACCUAUGUGGGAUCAGCACUUUCUGUCGUCUUUGCAACUAUCAGCAUAAUCAUCUACAUUUGUGUUCUUCGGCGGGGGCGUUCUGAAAAGGCCAUUGGAAUACACAUGCAGCUGACGGGGGCGCUGCUCUGCCUCCACCUCAGCUUCCUGCUCAGCAGCUUGUGGUUUCAGAUGCUGGAGGAUCAGGAGGAUGGGUGGGUUUGCAAGGGUCUGGGUCUCAUCCUACACUGGUCUCUGCUCGCCACCUUAGCCUGGUUGGCUCUGGAGGGUUUCCACCUUUACCUCCUGCUGAUUCGGGUCUUCAACAUUUACGUGAGGAGAUACGUGCUCAAGCUCAGCCUGCUGGGAUGGGGUUUUCCAACAGUGGCUGCAGUGGCUUGCGGGAUUUCCGGUGUUUACGGAAAAUUUGAUCUGGAAUUUCAGGAUGGGAAAGACUCCAACUCAACAGCCCCAAUGUGCUGGAUGAGCAGCGGGUUCAAACACCGGCAGGUGGUCGGCUACAUCACGGUGAGCUUCCUCUGCCUGGUGGUGCUGUACAACACCUGCAUGCUGGCCCUGGUGGUCUUCAAGAUCCACGGGAUUAGAAGUGGAAGAGGCCAGGGGGGCUGGAAGAAAACUAAAGUAGAGAAUGGAUCCCAAGUGUUAAAGGACUGUGUCACCGUCCUGGGCAUCAGCUUUGUGCUGGGUUUACCCUGGGGUCUCACCAGCACCACCUACGUCUCUCUAACAGGAAUCUACGCUUUCACAAUACUCAACUCCAUGCAGGGUUUGUUUAUCUUCCUGUGGUGUGUGGCUUUGUCUUGCAAGUCUCAAUCUGAAAACAGCUCUUCGUUCAAAGACCCUUCAUCACAGAAAAUGAUGAGCACCAGCUUUAAUAACUGAGAUGUUUAAAGAAGAGAGGAGCUCAUCUUUAAUUGCCUAUAUUAGGUGCUGACUGGCCGUUUGCCUACAGUUACAUACAGUUUUAUAUUUCCAUAUGUUUUUGUGAUUAGUGAUUUACAAGGAGUAAGUGUUAUAAUUAAAUAAUUCUUGAUUUUUUAUGAGAAACAGCUCAAGUGAAAUAAAAAAAAAGUUGAGAAAUAUUUCGUGGUCACUUAAGUUCAUGUAAUGUGCUGUGGCGUAUGUUGGCCAAUGCUUUAGUUUGUUGAGCAGUGAGCGUGUGUCCGAUUGUGUCAGAUCUUACACUUUGGUGUUACUUUCUGAAGUGUGUUAAGAUUGGAGCCUCCUUAACUUUUAAAGCUGCACGUUUCCCAGAAGUGUCUGCCUAAAGUUUCCUCUCUGCGAGCGGAACAGCAUCAUCACACCAGCUCACAGCGACAGACGAGAAGUGAAAGUCUGACUGUUUCCUCAGGCAUGUGCCUUUUAGUGACCCCAGGCCAGAUUACCAAAGUUUGUUUUCAUUUCAGUAUUUGACAUGUAGAACGGGGCACGAAGGCCCUCUGUCUCAGAUGUGGUUUGGAAAGCUUCUCUUUUAUUUUCUGUGCUCUGGUUGUGCCACUUCCUUUAUUUUGUACUUUAAUUUCACAUCCGAGUGGAGUUUCUAAUCUCCUGACAACAGAAAAGUGCCAGAGCCGAACUGAAUCAAGGAAUCCGAUACGACCGCAAAAGUUUCUACAUCACACAAUGAAGUGAGCGGCUGUGAGGUGUCGGGGUCGUCCUCGCACACCUGCCUGAGGAUCCCCUUUUCUGCAUCCAAUCAGACAAACUUUAUUAGUCCAUCACACCCUCCAGCUAUUGUCGAUUUGUUUGCUUUCAAUGGAAGAAUUCACCAAUUGCCUAAGCCAAAGCCAAAGCCAAGCCAACUAAUGCCAAGCCUAACCCCUGAAAGCCAAGCCAAGUCACUCCUAGCCAAGUCAAGUCAGCUCCGGUCUCAUCAAACCCAGCCAAGCCACGUCAAAGUCUUCUGGAUUCAUUCCCUCCACGCCAUCUACUUCUGCAGGUAGUUCACUCUGGAUCUACAGCCCUCCUGCCUGUUCACCGCUUCAGCAGAUCAAUCAUCCACGAACAUUGCCACCCAGCCUUUCAUCUCUACGUUCAUUAAACUGCACAACUUCAAACCUGAUCCCUGUCUGCUUUUAGGUCCAACUAACUCUAUACCUGAUAGCGGCUUUGUACGGCCUGCGGGCGCUACCCGCCCCUGCCCUCUUGCAGCCCUCCUGACACGCUCUCACUGGCUGAUUGACUGCUACACGCCCCUCACUCUCUCCCUCUGCCCCCACCACCUUGGUCAGAGCUACAUGUGACAAAUUCAUUAAGAUAAAAUCACUUUUUUUUCAAAA